CAGAAUGCCUACUCAAAGGCUGCAAAGGCGGAGCUGGGAAAGAAAUACGACAUUGCAUUUCGCUUAUACAUCAAAGCCGCCGAGAUCUUCCUGCACCUCAGUCGAUCCAACGAUGCGCGUGAGCAGGAAAAGUCGAAGUGGAAGAUCAGUGCUUCUAAGGCUCUAGAAAGGGCCGAGAAGAUCAAGGCUUUCACGCAGCAGAAAGCCACUUCGCCGUCGAGUAACCAAUCCGCCGGGCCCGAAAACCGCUCGAAUAUGACCCUGACACCCGUCGGGGUGGACCACUUCUCCGAACGUGAGCAAGAUUAUGUACUCCAGAAGGGCAGCGUUGUCAACGGGCUCAAGUUCCCAAUGUGGGACGAAGAAGAUCCGGAUAGAAAGUCUACUUCGUUGUACGAGGACCCUGAUGGCCAGCCCAGUUUGUCACCGGAACAAGUAGAAUCAUCGACGGUUUGGCGACGGCCGGAUGCCCUCGCGAAUAAUGAGUUUCUACCUCUAGGUUCAGAUCCUAAGGCGCUUCGAAUUAGGCCCCAGGAUAUUGUACAGCAGGUUGUUACGGACUGCUCUGUGUGUGCGUCCCUAUCCGUAAGCUUGGAGCAUUGUCGUAGAUUUCCCUUGCGCGUAAGCCCGUCUCAAACUUCGCCCUCAUGUCUAUAUUACUCCCGGCAGACUGGCCGCUGUGACGUCAAGGUUCUAUUGAAUGGAGCUUGCAGACGCGUAUUCAUUGAUGAUAAGCUGCCCUGCCACCCCACUCUCUCUUCUUUGAUGUGCAUGACCUGUCGUGUCCAAGAAGGCUCCGAUCCACCGAGGUCGGUGAUUUGGCCGAGUCUCAUCGAGAAAGCCUACAUGAAGUUAAUGGGAGGAUACGAUUUCCCUGGAUCAAAUUCUUGCAUCGACCUUCACAUAUUUGGCGGGUGGAUUCCCGAGCAGUUAGAUAUUCAAAGCAGUAACUUUGAACGUGAAAAGACCUGGUCUAAACUUCUAGAAGGCUUCACUCGCGGUGACUGUGUUUUAACAUUGGGGACUGGCGCGAGACCCGGCAUACGCUGGGAUUUAGUUGAUAUCUUGUCGUCCCACAGCUAUGCAGUAAUAGACGUCGAGGAAAAUGACAAAGAGCGAGUAUUAACCGUUUUGGACCCGUGGACAUCCCCAGAUGAUGAUAAGCAGGAGACAAAUCUCUCAAGUGUAUUAGGAAUCUUGCGUAUACCAUGGUCGGAUGCUCUUGUCGUCUUUGACGGCAUCUAUCUCAGCUGGGAUCCGCGGCGUUGGAAGAACACAUUGACAUUCCACGGACGAUGGAAAAAGAAAGCAUGUGCUAAUGGUAAGAAGCUGAUCGGCCAUGCCAACCCAACUUCAGCGUUACGGACGGUGCAGUCAACGAGGAUGACUGAGAUCUGGGUCUUAUUAACGCGACACCUUUCAACAAGCCGGGAGACGUCUGAAUUCAUAGCUUUACAAGUGGAAACAGAUGAUGACAACAUCAAGGUUUGCGAUAACAGCCUACUCUCCGCAAAGGGAGUGUACACAAAUAGCACACAUGUACUGGUCAAAUCUAGAAUUUCCAAGAAUCAACCUUCUGGAACUUUGGUUAUACUUGCCUCGUACGACGGGAAGUCUCAAGAUGUUGGUUUUACGUUGACAGUAUAUGCCCGUUCUGCUAUCAUGGUCUCAUGGGAUACCAAUGUCCCGAUACCGCCGUUCACGACAGAGAUUGACAGCUCAUUCACCCAGAAGAAUGCGGGAGGCAAUUCCACGUUUCCGACAUAUAUGGUCAACCCUCAAUAUCAUCUACAAAUUCACCCCAUGGCGCAUAUUCGGAGUAAAUCCAAAGUCAGCUUGACCAUGCAUACAGCCAAAGAUUUGCCUGUCAAUAUAACGGUUGUGUGGUCUCAGGGCCAGCGGGUAUUUGAGCUGGCUGAGAAAGACGUCGUCUCCAGCUCGGGUGCUUACAGCUAUGGUUUAGCCAGGCUUUCGCAAGAACUGGGAGCCGGGGACUACAACGUCAUACUCUCGGCCCUCGAGCCAUACAAGACUGGCUCAUAUCAUUUGAAGGUGGAGAGUACUUCGCGGUUUGACCUGACUCCCAUUCCACAGGAAGGCGUCGGGAUGUACAGCAGGGUUAUUCGUGGAGCAUGGGAUGCCGAUACCGCGGUGGGAGGCCCUAGCUUCAAGCAGUAUGCGCACAACCCCGUAUAUGAGGUCGACUGUCCAUCAGCCGCUCAGAUAAAAGUCCGGCUACAGCUCGUUCGGCCUUCCUCCAGUUCUCCGCUCAACGUCACUAUAUACCCCGCCGACGCAUCUGAAUAUACCUCUUCACAUCUAGCCACGUCUGGCGCAUACGAUGAUGCCAUCUCUGGCGUCGUCACACCUCAGAUAUCCCUCAACCGAGGGAAAUACUGGAUCAUACCCUCGACGUUUAAUCCGGGAAUCGAAGCUGCGUUCCAGCUGAUUGUUUAUAGUUCUGUCUCGGGAGUAGAAGUUGAACUGCGG